GUGACGGAAACUGUCUCAAGGUGGACCCGGUGGUGAACCAAUUCGGCUAGGACGCCCCGACACGUACUGGCCAUACUCGGAGACCUCGAACGAUGCGUCCGAUUGUUCUGGUGGGGAUGUUCCACGGUGGAGAUGACCCUGGCCAGGACGGCAGUGUCACCGGCAAGUAACAGUUCGCGGACGCGGAAUCCGAACUAGCCGCAUGCUGCGCGGAACACGUUUCCGGCCGUGCUGCCGAUUGAAUGUCCGUCGGAGGAUUGCCGGGUGAACAAAUCUGGUGGCCGUGACGCGUGGCUCCAAGUUUAUGAAGUUCCAGGAGAAAAUGAUCCAGGAGCAUAGAAAUCGAGUUCCCGUGGGACACAUUCCGCGCCUGUUGACCGUGAUGUGUCGCGGUGAAACGCAGUCGCGGUUUGAAUAAGUCCAAGGAUAGCGAGACGAGCAACGAACUGGUCGAAUUGGUCAAGGAUGACGCGAAUUGAGAGCAGUUUGACGCCGGAGAUUUACGGCCAUUUGGUCGUGAAGAAGGCGCUGCUGAUAGGAGAUCACGGUGUGGCCAAGGCGCAGAUGAUGGGCUACAUCGAUCAUCACUUGUCUGAACGCUCCUGUGUUGAGCGUACGGCCGUUAGAACCCACGUCGCAUCAUCAAGCAGAACGUCCAACUGCCAGCCGCCCUGCUUUCCCGUUUCGACCUUCUCGGCCGCGACAACGAUCUUCGUCUGGCCAAACACAUCACCCUCGUCCACAGCUACAGAAAGCCGCCGGUACAUCGCACUGUGCAAGCGCAAACUGCCGUUUAUCUUCACGCCGGAACUGUCCUAG